CCCUUCGCAGUUGUGCUGAAAGUGUUCAUAUAUUUGGUUUAUUCCCACCGCGCUUAAAGUAACGUCCGACCUUCGCCAUCAAUAGACUCUGAUAGCCCGAUGAAUCAGUGCUGAGAUCGAAGAUGCACUUUGGGUUUCGACGAAUGCGUCAUAUUUUCCGGGUUAUGCCCAAGAUUUAUCCCGGUACUGUACAUCACUUAUCUAGGUGGUGUAAUGCGAGCAGUAACAUCUCUUGGAGGCUAGAUUUGGCAGGUUGUCAAGAGCGAAGGUAUUCCUCCAUAUCAAAAACAAAGCGUCCUACCUCUUCAAAUGAGUUUUGGUCAAUGCUUAGGUCUUCUCUUAAUCAGCCAAGAGACUCUCAUACAAAUGUACUUCUAGGCCCUUAUUGGUGCUGGUUAAACUCUUAUUCGAGCAGCAAGAAUUUAUUCAAGGAAGACCAAGUUUUCCUAGUUCUCCUUGGGAAAUAUGAUGAUGGUUCUUUGGGAGCUAAACAAAAUACUAUCAAGAUGUUUGAAAUAGUAAAAGCACUUCACCAGAGGUAUUCUUUCCUUCAAGUUCUGGUUGUACAACACGGAAAAUCAAUGUGUCUCAACAAUGCAUCUAAGCAUUUCCUCCAGAGAAUCAUUAAGGAAUAUGUUACUUUUCCUAUCUUGUUAUUUAACAAGCAAAGUAUAUCGGAGGUAUGGAUGCAAAAGGCACCCUGCGUCAUCAUUUCCAAAGGCUUUUCCCAAAAUCCUAUGAUUUACCCUGGCGAUGAUGUAGAUCUUAAGACACUCGAUGAAGCAAUUCGUGAUCUGAAGGUGAAACAUGACAAGGGAGAUAAUGUUAAUGAUGCGAAGAGCACUUGGGUCAAGCCCAUUGAAGUCAUUAAGGAACCAGAUGUUUGUUGCAUUUCAGUUGAGGAAGGUGGUGACCGCUUGUUCCUUUCCGAUGUUAACCACCACAGGAUUAUCGUGUUUGACAGCCAUGGGAAAAUUUUAGAUGCUAUUGGUUCGUCUCCUGGAUUUAAGGAUGGAGAGUUUGAGACAGCAAAGUUAAUGCGGCCUGCAGCUUCAUUUUAUCAUGCCUCUGAGGAUUGCCUAUAUUUUAUCGACUCUGAGAACCAUGCAAUUAGGAAAGCUGAUAUGGAGAGGAGGGUUGUGGAGACGGUUUUCCCAGUGACUGGUGAUAGCAAGAGGAGCAGAAGUUUAUGGAAUUGGAUUCUAGAUAAAAUAUGGAUGAACAGGAAUAUAAAGCCACAUUCGGAAGAGUUCAAUUCCGACUCAUUUUUGUUCCCUUGGCAUCUUCUGAUGUCAUCCGGUGCUGAUACCUAUGUACUUGAUCAAAGUAUGAUAUCUUUUCAUCACGCACGGUACAGCUUUGGAACUCUUUGGACCAUAGAUUUGGAAUCAGGCUCUGUAAAAGAAGUUAUAAAAGAACCUUCAAAGAUUAUGGAGAAAUGUGGGCAGGCGAUCUUGGAGAAAUGCGCUCCAUUGGAACAUGUGCCUGCUGAUUGGCUACUGCAACGAGCACAUUCCACGUGCUCGUUUGAAGGAAUUCCAUAUGCUGGCCUUAUGUCUUCAGUGGCAACCUGUGGGGACCAUGUAGUGUUGUCUGAUACAGUUGGUCAGACAGUGGUCAAGUUUGGAAGGGAAGCUGGGUUGGCAAUGAGCUUUCAGUUCAAAAACUUUGGGGUUUUAGGGCUUCCUUAUUGGAUAGUGUCCUCUCUCGAACGAGUCUACUCUGCAGAUGAUCCAUACGGAGACCCUGAUCAUUCUCAAUGCUUUCGCUUAUUGCCAGGGAGGGUUGAUAUAACACUGGACAUCGAUAUUCCUCCACACACGGAACUAAUUGAACGGCCACAAGAAGGAUGCAUAUGGCGCCAGGCCAGAGGGUCUGCUAUUGAGAUCUCAGGAGUUGAUGACAAGGCUGAAUCAUCUGAAAAGGUGGGUAUUGCUCAGCAGUGGUAUGAUGAAAUUGAUAAUCUCAGCUUUUCAAUGCCUCAAGAAGAGUCGAGCACGAAAGAAGAAAUUGGACGAGCAGGUGAGGAAGCUAUUAUUUACGCUGCGGUUUACUUGCGGCUGAAAAAAGAAUCAAAUAAACAAGUUAACAGCCGGGAGAAUAAAGCGUCGAGGAUAGCUGAUAUCUUAGACACCAAGAAGAAAUUCAAAAGGGAUUUACUCAUUGAACAGCUCAUGCUGAUGUCAGACAGAGAUCUCGAAGAACUCAUAUUCAUGAGACCUCUACACGUGCGGUUCAAGUUCAACUGUCGGGACCACCCGAAAUCGGAUCAAAACACGAAAGGCGUAGUCUUGACUGAUUCUCUUGUGGAAGUUCAUGUUACC